GCGCGGAGGAGAAAAAGGAGCAGAGGAGAAAGUAGAAGGGACGCGCACAAACAUAGACACACACACACGGAGAGAGAAAGAGAAGAAAAAGACAUGAGCUUACCGACUAACUGUGUGCUGCUGGCCCCCGCGGUUCAGGAUCGCUGCUUUAAAAUGUGCAACGGCAGCGUGUGCGGCUCCGCGCGCGCCGUCAACAGACCCAUCGACAUCGUGCAGAAACGCAGGCGCUUUGAUGUGGAGAAUGGCCUGUCGGUUGGACGCAGUCCACUGGACUCUCAGACCAGUCCGGGGUCUGGUCUGGUUCUUCAGGCUAACUUCCCCCACAGUCAGCGUAGAGAGUCCUUUCUCUACCGCUCCGACUCAGACUUUGAGCUUUCACCCAAAACAAUGUCCCGUAACUCUUCCACUGCCAGCGACAUGCAUGGAGAAGACAUGAUUGUGACUCCAUUUGCACAGGUUCUUGCCAGCCUUCGAACAGUGAGAAGUAACUUUGCUGUCCUGACACAUCUACAAGAUCGUGUGAGCAACAAGCGGCCCCCAAACAGUAACCAACCCUCCAUGUGUAAACAAUGUCUCGCAGAGGAGCCCUACCAGAAGCUGGCAAUGGAGACACUGGAAGAGCUCGACUGGUGUCUGGACCAGCUGGAGACACUGCAGACAAGACACUCAGUCAGUGAGAUGGCUUCAAAUAAGUUUAAGAGGAUGCUGAACAGGGAGCUGACCCAGCUGUCAGAGACCAGCCGCUCAGGGAAUCAGGUUUCAGAAUUUAUCGCCAACACCUUUCUCGAGAAACAACAUGACGUGGAGAUUUUGUCUCCGUCUCCGAAGGAGAAAGAAAAGAAGAAGAGGCCAAUGUCACAGAUCAGCGGGGUGAAAAAGGUCACCCAGAGCCACAGCCUAGCACCCACCUGCAUUCCCCGCUUUGGAGUAACCACCCCACAUGAAAGUAAUCUGGCCAUGGAGAUUGAGGACAUUAAUCGUUGGGGUUUAGAUAUAUUCAAGAUAGCAGAGUUUUCAGGAAACCGCCCUCUAACGGUCGUCAUGUACUCCGUCUUCCAGGAGCGAGACCUUCUAAAGACAUUUAAGAUUCCAGUUGAUACUUUCAUCACCUUCAUUAUGACCUUGGAGGACCAUUACCAUGCUGAUGUAGCUUACCAUAACAACAUUCAUGCUGCUGACGUAGUGCAGUCCACCCAUGUUCUCCUGUCUACACCAGCUCUGGAAGCAGUGUUCACAGACCUGGAGAUCAUGGCUGCUCUUUUCGCCAGUGCCAUCCAUGAUGUUGACCACCCAGGAGUCACCAACCAGUUCCUUAUAAACACCAGUUCAGAGUUGGCACUGAUGUACAAUGAUGCCUCAGUGCUGGAGAACCACCACUUGGCUGUGGGCUUCAAACUGCUCCAAGAGGAGAACUGUGACAUCUUUGAGAACCUCAGCAAGAAACAGAAAGACUCCCUACGCAAAAUGGUCAUUGACAUGGUGCUAGCUACAGACAUGUCCAAACACAUGAACUUCUUGGCGGACAUGAAGACGAUGGUGGAAACCAAGAAGGUCACCAGUUUGGGAGUUCUGCUGCUUGACAACUACUCAGACCGCAUCCAGGUUUUACAAAACAUGGUCCAUUGUGCUGACCUUAGCAACCCCACCAAACCCCUGGAGAUUUACCGACAGUGGACUGACCGCAUCAUGGUGGAGUUCUUCACCCAGGGAGACCGAGAGCGGGACAAGGGCAUGGAGAUCAGCCCCAUGUGUGACAAACACAAUGCUUCCAUCGAGAAAAACCAGGUGGGGUUCAUCGACUACAUCGUCCACCCUCUGUGGGAGGCGUGGGCGGACUUGGUGCACCCUGAUGCCCAGGACAUCCUGGACACCCUGGAGGACAACAGGGAGUGGUACCAGAGUAUGAUCCCCCGCAGCCCCUCCCCUACCAGCCCAGAGGAGCACCUUGCUGAAGCGGGACCUGGAGCUGGCACUGUGGGACCAGGGGGGUCAACCCCUUCAGGAGGAGGUGUGGGAGGAGGAGACAAGUUCCAGUUUGAACUCACCCUGGAAGAAGAGGAGGAAGACGAGGAAGAAGAAGGAGAAUCAGACCAGGAGAGCUCCCACGAAGAUGAGACUGGCGGGGAGCAACAGCGGAGCUCUUCCCCUCCGUCUCUGUCCUCAGACCAUCACAGCGCCAACAGCAGUAGCAACAGGUGUCCCUCCCCCUCGCCCCGCCCAUCUCAGAUGCUGCGUCUGGCUGCAGUAUCAGUGCAGAGUCCCCACCCCCACAGGACACAAGCUUCCCCGGGAGUGGACAACUCUGUCACGAACGGAGAACUGACCCCAGAGGGCAAUGGGGUAGACUGCCUCCAUGUGGGCACAUAACAGCUGGCAUGACCUUCCCCACCCAAGAGACACACACGGUGCAAGUGGGGAGGUGCAGGCAGGGCAUGUAUUUGGAAGAAAAAAGUCUGUAAAAUCACCACAGUCCCUUUACACUGGAGACACCUCUGUCUUUGGAGAACAGGGUGAUGUUCCUCCUCUGUUUUUUUUGUUGUUUUUUUUGUCUUGAAAAGCAAGACUUGUUUUAACCUACUUUUGGGUGUCUCUUCUUGCUUUGUUGUAGCUUCAGUCAGGCGUGUCCUGGGCAGACUGUUGGUGACAAGAAUUCAGCCAAAGUGUGAUAGUCAAUCGCGAACAAAAGCUAAAGGAAACGUCUUCCUCCAAAUAACUGUUUGCUGCAUUCAGACAUGAGCAGCCAAUGAGGAUUGCGAUGGUUUGACAGGGUC